AUGACAAGUGAAGCACCAAGUUGGGCGGAUCAAUGGGGAACCGGAGGGAUCGGAGAGAUGCCGGAGGAAGAGAACACCAAAGACAUCGGCGGUAAGAAUGCCAGCAAGACCAACUCGGGAAACAAAAGCAAGAUUGUUGACUUCAUAAGUUUCAAGUGGAUGAAGAAUCUUGUGCACAAGAAGAAGAAGAAUGACUCUGAUUCUUCUUAA